GUCUAAUGUCACUUACCGAAGCUGAGCCUACCGGAGUACCGGUGGUAGGUGAUCUUUACCACCCAUCCGCACGUUCUCUUGCUUAACGAGGCUCCACGAAUCGGAUCUACCUACUUCCUCAGUUCAUUCGUAUUUGAUUCGUGUUUUUCACACCCUUGACCUCCCUCGCCGGCGACCCAUCAGAAAGCACACUAUUCGCCGGUUAGAAGCAAAGAAGCCAAAUGGGGUUCUACGCAGCUUUGAUGGAUGCCAUCCACGCCUACACCGGCCUCUCGUCGGCUGCUUUCUUCACCAUCCUAGCUCUCUCGGUGAUGGUCUACAAGACGGUGUGCGGCAUGUUCGUCGGACCCGACGAGUUCAACACUCCCCCUACCGUCAACGGCGUCGGCGUCCUCCCUCCGAGCCUGACGGACCCUCCGCCGGUUUCCGAUCCGGUCCAGCUGGGGGAUGUCACCGAGGAAGAACUGCGAGCUUACAACGGCUCCGAUCCAAGUAAGCCACUUCUGAUGGCAAUCCAGGGCCAGAUUUACGACGUUUCCCGCUCCAGGAUGUUCUACGGGCCAGGGGGUCCGUACGGAAUCUUCGCCGGUAGAGAAGCGGCGAGAGCUUUGGCGCUCUUGUCAUUUGACCCUCGUGAUCUGACGGCGGAUCUUGAAGGCCUCGGCGCCUCCGAGCUUGAAGUUCUUCAGGAUUGGGAGGACAAGUUCGUUGAGAAAUAUGCUAAGGUGGGGCAGAUUGUGUCCAAGCGAAAUGAUCAGCAAUCUGUGGCUGACAUCGGAGGAGGUAAAGCUGUAGAAGAAAGUGAGGAACUAGAAGCCAAAAAGGAGCUGUAGAAGAUGGAAGGUUGGAAGGAAGUAAGUAGUUUUUACUAGACUACAGAGCUUAUAGGCUAAAUUUUUUAGGACAAGAUGGAAGCUUGGAUUAGAAAGAACAUAGAAUUAAGCUUACUUGCAGAAAGAGAAUCAGAGCUUAAAGGAAUCUCACAGUUUCUUGUGUUCAAAAGCUUGUUGUUUGUUGGAGCAAAGAAAGGAAGAGGAACGCUAUGAAAAUGCUGAAUUUGUGCCUAUAAUCUAUGUACUUCUAUCAAAUCAAAAUUGCUA